UCAUAAUUACUACACUGUUGGCUUUAUUUUGUUUAUUUGUUGAUAUUCUGCAUCAAGAGUCUGUGGAGAUGAAGAACCACCAGAACCUUCACACGGCCACACCAAUCAGGCAGAGCCUGGCUUUGACCAAAUUAGCUGGAACCUCUGUUUACCUCAAACUGGACUCAUCUCAGCCCACCGGUUCCUUCAAGAUCAGGGGCAUCGGACACCUCUGUAAAACUUGGGCCGAACGAGGAUGUGAGAGAUUUGUCUGCUGCUCAGGUGGAAAUGCUGGGAUGGCGGCAGCUUAUUCCGCUCGUCAGCUUGGCGUUCCUGCCACCAUCAUUGUUCCCAGUGUCACACCAAAUCUGACAGUGGAGAAGCUGAAGGAUGAGGGCGCCACUGUCAUCAUUCAUGGCAAGGCCCUGAAUGAAAGCAUGGAUUAUGGACAACUGAUGGUGGCAAACAACCCAGGCUGGAUCCUUAUCUCCCCAUUCGACGAUCCUCUUAUCUGGGAAGGUCACACGUCGCUGGUGAGGGAACUGGAGAAGGAUUUGAGGGAGAAGCCAGGGGCCAUCGUUCUGUCUGUAGGAGGUGGCGGUCUGCUGAACGGAGUGGUGGAGGGCUUACGUCGAGCUCAGUGGGAUGAUGUUCCCAUCAUUGCCAUGGAAACUAUGGGAGCACACAGUCUGAAUGCAGCCAUGAGUGCUGGAAAGCUGGUAACUCUGCCCGCCAUUACCAGUGUUGCGACCACACUCGGACUGACUCGUGUCUCUGCUCAGACCAUGAAGCUGGUGAAUGAACACACAGUUGUCUCUGAAGUCGUCUCAGACCAAGAAGCUGUGAAAGCUGUUGAACGAUUUGUAGAUGAUGAGAGGAUCCUGGUGGAACCAGCCUGCGGCGCCGCCCUGGCAGCUGUGUACAGCGGAAUUAUCAAACGUCUGCAGAGUGAGGGGAAGCUAGCACAGCAUCUGGGCCCCAUUGUGGUGGUGGUGUGUGGGGGCAACAACAUCAGUAUUGCUCAACUGUGGAGGCUGAAAAAGCAGCUGGGAAUCAUCUAAUAUUGAUGACACACCAUCACACACACACACACACACACUUCAGCUUCCGUCUUUUACUCGUCAAUCAGCUGAAUUCUAUCAUUCAUGUGCUCCACUCAUCCAAUCAUUCCAGACUGUAAAACCCUCUUGUGCACUGAGUGUAAUAAACACCAGGUGGGGCAGUUGGAGGGCUGUUGGUGUUUCUAAUAUGGUUGCUUUUGUAACAUUAAUUAGACUAAAAAGAUCUGCUAAUGAUUCUAGGUGAUAAUUACUUUGGCAUGUUACUUUCUGCAUGUUAGCUUUAUCAGUAUGUACUGUAUGUGUUUUC